CUGAUAUUAAGCUCCAGCAGCAAUAGAGAAAAACCCGGUCGAAGCAACCCAACACCUUGUAUUCAUUUGCCCAAACCCUAUACCUCCGCAGGGUUUUACAGGUGGAUGAUUCGCGUUUGAAAAAAGCCCCAAUCGGAGAAAACGAAGGAGAGAAAUGGCGGGCCAAGCAGCUGCCGCGUUUAGUGGCAACAUGAAGAGAGCUCUUGCUGGCCUGAGACGCAUUGAUCUUGACGGUCUGCGGUGGAAAGUUUUCGAUGCGAAGGGCCAGGUUCUUGGAAGACUAGCAGCUCAAAUAUCUACAGUGAUUCAAGGAAAGGAUAAACCAACAUACGCUCCAAACCGAGAUGAUGGCGAUAUGUGCAUUGUGCUUAACGCGAAGGAUGUUUGUGUCACGGGGAGAAAAAUGACCGAUAAGGUUUAUUAUUGGCAUACUGGGUAUGUGGGUCACCUCAAGCAAAGGAAUUUGAAGGAUCAGUUUGCUAAAGAUCCUACAGAAGUCAUUCGCAAAGCUGUUAUGCGCAUGCUGCCGAGGAACAAACUGCGCGAUGAUAGAGAUAGGAAGCUGAGGAUAUUUGCUGGCGAUGAACAUCCCUUCGCUGACAGGCCCCUUGAACCAUACCUGAUGCCCCCUCGGAAUGUAAGGGAAAUGCGACCCCGUGCAAGACGAGCCAUGGUCCGUGCUCAGAAAAAGGCUGAACAGCAACAACUGGAUGCCGGUGAUCCACGGAGGGGGAGGAAGAAAGAUAGAGCGGAAGUAACCGCAUGAAGAGGUAUUUGAGCUUAUUUCCUGUUUCGAAAGCUGCCGGUGUAUAGCUACCAUAUAUGGGGCUUGAUUCACGACUUAUUUGGAGCACUUUUACUAUAACUAUGUUUGAUGAUCAUUGUCUGGUCAGAAUUUUAAUUUUUGGUUAGAGCUGUCAAAAGUUUAGUUGUCUUGUGGAAAUUGGCCGGCAUUUUUCCAGUAAUAAUGUUUUUAGGUGAUUCUUCGGAUGCAGUUUCGAAUUCUAAUGAUAAACGGUUCAGUUAUUCGCCACGAA